AUGGCGCUUGAUCCCGCCGACACGCGGGAAAAGCUCUUCCUGGUGGACCGGCUGUUUGCUCGAAUAGUUCUCAUGGUGCUCCUUGCUCUUACUCGUGGAUCAGAUCAACAAUCGUCAUGGCGCGUGGUCCCGCAGACACGCGGGUCCUUGUUCUUGCUUCUGGACCCGGCUGAUCGCUCAAACAAUUCUCAUUGGUCCUUGAACCCGCCGACAUGCGGGAACCUAUUGCUCCUCCUAGAUUGGAUACUUCUUGAUCUGCUGAUCCCGUUUCACUCGUUUGCCUUUCUUCCAUUUGGGUCCGAAGAUCUCGGGGCGGUAGGUAAACACCCCAGGCAGAGAGAAGCCCCUCAGCCCAAAGGCAUAUUGGGCGGACCGGAGUCCAUGCCUUACAAGAAUGUCUAUAUCGCCCGAGCAGACACUCCCUGGACCUGGUCUCUGCCUCCCGCGAACCACACUAAACAAGUGGUCAUGCUAGAAGCCCCUCAGCCUGAAGGCAGUGGGAGGACCGGAGUCCGUGCCUCACAAGUCAUCCACCGCGUACGCAGACCCUCCGUUGCCCUGGUCAAAUAG